GUAAGUAAAACAAACACCAACAGCGCACAAUUUCUCUCGCCCCUCGUACCUGGUCUUUUUCCUCGUCCAAACACUCAUUAAUCUAUUUGAACAAUCCAAACACACCCUAAACCUUUUCUUCUUUCGGUGUUCUCUGCGGAGAAUCUCUGACAUAACGGUAGCGGAGGAACGUAACAUAAUUUCGCAAACUCCAUCAGGGAAGGAAAAAUGCUCACGUGCAUAGCACGUUCCAAGAAACUCGACUCGGCGAGCGACGAUCCGAGUUCGCGGGGCGCCAAAUCGCUAACGUGUCAGCUGAAGGAGAUGGCACUGAAGGCUUCGGGAUCGUACAAGCAGUGCGGUCCGUGCGCGCCGCCGCAGAGUCGACUGAGUCGCGGUGGCGAGUCCGAUUCGGAGUCGUCGCGGCGGCGGUGGGGGAAGGAGAUGGAGGCUCGGUUGAAGGGGAUUUCGAGCGGCGAGGGGACGCCGAGCUCCAGUGGGAGGAGAAUGGUGGUGGUGCUGGAAGAGGAGGCGGAGCCGAAGGAGUGGGUGGCGCAGGUGGAGCCUGGCGUUUUGAUCACGUUCGUAUCGCUUCCGCGUGGCGGGAACCAUCUCAAACGGAUUCGGUUCAGUCGCGAUAUAUUUAACAAAUGGCAAGCUCAGAGAUGGUGGGCAGAGAAUUACGACAAGGUGAUGGAACUUUACAAUGUUCAAAGGCUUAACCGGCAAGCUAUCCCUCUUCCAACUCCACCAAGGUCUGAAGACGAGAGCUCGAAGCGUGAAUCAAUAGAAGAGAUCCCUGUGACACCUCCGCUGAGCAGGGAAAGGCCACCGUGUAAUAUAUUCCGUGGAGGAGGAGGAGGGGUGGCAAUGGGGUACUCAUCCUCUGAUUCGUUCGAUCAGCAUUCAUUGCAAUCCCGGCAUUACUAUGAUCCGAGUGGUGUGAACUCAACCCCGAAGGUGUCGACCAUUAGUGCUGCUGCGAAGACAGAUAUCUCAUCAUCAAUGGAUGCUGAUGCUUCUAUCAGAAGUAGCUCAUCUAGGGAAGCUGAUCGCUCCGGCGAUUUAUCAAUCAGUAAUGCCAGUGACCUCGAUGCUGAAUGGGUCGAGCAGGAUGAACCUGGGGUUUACAUUACCAUCAGAGCUCUCCCUGGUGGCAAAAGGGAGCUCAGACGAGUAAGGUUCAGUCGAGAAAAGUUUGGGGAGGUGUAUGCUAGACUGUGGUGGGAAGAGAACCGUGCCAGAAUACAUGAACAGUACUUGUGAGAUUCAUUAAAGGGGUGGUGGUUGUGGAGGUGAUCUUUCUUUUUAGUUUUCUUAAUUAUUGAUGAUCUAUAUGUUUUUGCUAUAUAUGUAUGUCAUCUAUUCCAGUUGUUUUCUUUAAACCAGGUAGCAAUUGUUUUGUUCCAUGCUCAUAAGUAAUGAGUGUAAAUUACAUAGAUCUUAAAUUGGGCACAAAGAAUGACUCUACUCUUUUUAUCUUGCAACUUCUACAUUUAUUAUAAC